AUGAGAUUCGAAUCACUUUCCGUGCUGGCCUUCUUGGCUUCUCGUGGCUGGGCUCAAUCAUCCCUAGACGACUUUCGGUCUCUUUGUUCCACUGGCCAAGAACAGGGAACAAAAACCUUCAACAACGGUAUCACAGCGGAAUAUAUUUGCCGCGUGAAGGCAUCCAGUGAUACUGAUCCUAUCGAAGAGAACGCGAAGUCUUCCGAAGAAUGCGCCGCGAAGUGUGGUACUAAUUGCUCUAAUGCAGUCUGGCAAUACACGAAGAAUCGAUGCCUACUUUACAGCACUAGGGUAAACCUAAGUUACCACUCUCGCGGCUCCAUUUACCUAAAGCCUACUGGUACAGUGGGCGACACGCCGAAAGAAGAGGAGUCAGAUUGUCCACAUGAAAAACAAGCAUGUGAAGAUGAACUCGACGCCCUGAGACGUCAACUCGACGCCACAGAAGAAUACAAUGAGCAUACUGAGAGACACUUAGACGACUUUCGGGAUGCAAAUCGUGAGCUGGAAGCUGAGCUCAAGGCCUGUCGGCAAGAGCAAGAUGACCUAGACACCAAGAGCAAGUCCUGCCUGCGAGAGAAGGACGAACUGGAUACCAACAACAAGACCUGCCGGCGGUAG